AUGAGAGAAAAGAAACUCACGAGAAGGACUCGAACCAGAGCUCCGCUCGGCGAGCCUCUUCUUCCGACUUCCGUCUCUCCGUUAACGAAAUCAAACCAUCUCGGGGCAAAGAACUCAUACGUCGUCACAGCACUACCGGUUUAUUCCUCCGCCGGAGCCGUUGUUGCUUCCCAUGCUCAAUCACAAACCGAUUCAGGUCAGAGAAGAAUGAAGAGAAUCUGGGUGGAGUUAAGAGACGACGAUUCAUCUGCUUCCGACGCCGGUAAUGAUAUCACCGAUAAACCACUCGGAGAUUCCGGCAAUUGUUCCACCUCCACGGUGGUAAGAUCGCAGUGCAAGACGGAGGAGGUUGAGCCUGGAAAGUUCGUUAGGAAGUGCGACAAAACCGAGGAGAUCCUCCGCCACUGUUUUGGCAAGCCAUCUGAAGUGGUUCAAUCCACCACAGAGCACACAGAAGAAGAUGUCACAAACCAGAUGGUAGCAGGGAAAUCAGCUCUUCAGGAGAAUCCGCUAAACUUCCCGGGGCUGCGCAGCGACGUAGACGCCAUCGAACGCCAUUUCUUGACCGGAAUGAAGAGUUUCUUUGAAGCAGCGGAGGACAUGAGAAGCAGCUUCUUUGAUAUCAUGGGAGACGACCAACACUCAAGCACCAGGAGAGGGAUACCCAUUGAAGACCGUCCCAAGGUAGAGGAGCACCGCAAUGACGAAAACACCCCUAGACGGCCGUAUUCCUCCGGCGAGAUUGAUCUCUCGGGCUUGGCCAAGGACGUUUGA